GAGUGCGUGUGAGCGAGAGAGAGAGAGAGAGAGAGAGAGAGAGAGCGAGAGAGACGGAGGUAUAAUUCGGAUGCACGUACCCCGCUCUCCUACCACUCCCUCUUACUUUCUCCUCCCCUCUUCUCUGUCUCUCCCCCCUCAGAUUCAGCCCGAGCCAGCGGUGUGCGGACCCGACGCAGCUGUUUUGUUCCGAGCAGAGCCCAACAUGUGAGAAGAUGUCUGUUGGAGGCUGCGCUUGCCCCGGCUGUUCGUCAAAGUCAUUCAAGCUGUACUCCCCGAAGGAGCCCCCCAACGGCAGCACCUUUCCCCCCUUCCACGCAGGCGCCAUGCUUGACCGAGACGUGGGACCCACACCCAUGUAUCCACCAUCCUAUAUGGAACCGGGAAUGGGGAGGCCCACGCCAUACGGGAACCAGACGGACUACCGGAUAUUUGAACUGAACAAAAGGCUACAGAACUGGACAGAGGACUGUGACAAUCUGUGGUGGGACGCGUUCACCACAGAAUUCUUUGAGGAUGAUGCCAUGCUCACAAUCACUUUCUGUCUAGAAGAUGGGCCCAAAAGAUACACCAUCGGCAGAACACUGAUCCCCCGUUACUUCAGGAGUAUCUUCGAAGGGGGUGCCACAGAGCUUUUCUACGUCUUGAAGCAUCCAAAGGAGUCCUUCCACAAUAACUUUGUGUCUCUUGACUGUGACCAGUGUACCAUGGUGACUCAGAACGGCAAACCCAUGUUCACACAGGUUUGCGUGGAGGGCCGUCUGUACCUAGAGUUCAUGUUUGAUGACAUGAUGAGGAUCAAGACGUGGCACUUCAGCAUCAGACAACACAGAGAGGUCCUGCCAAGGAGCAUCUUGGCCAUGCAUGACCCUCAGAUGCUGGAUCAGCUGGCUAAAAACAUCACGAGAUGUGGUUUGUCAAAUUCCACAUUGAACUACCUCCGUCUAUGUGUGAUACUAGAGCCCAUGCAGGAGCUGAUGUCCAGGCAUAAGACCUACAGCUUGAGCCCCAGAGACUGUCUCAAGACUUGUCUCUUCCAGAAGUGGCAGAGAAUGGUGGCACCACCAGCUGAGCCAGCCAGACAGGCGCCAAACAAACGGCGGAAAAGGAAGGUGUCUGGUGGCAGCACCAUGAGCUCUGGCGGCGGAAGCAACAACAACAGCAACAGCAAGAAGAAGAGUCCCGCUAACAGCUUCGCUCUCUCCAGCCAGGUACCUGACCUGGUUGGAACAAAAACCUGUACAGUGCCGGAGCUUGAGGACCGGAGUUGAGAACCACUACGCUAAAUCUUAAACCCACACAUACACUCACACUUGAUUCACACACACACACACACACACACAACACACACACACACAACACACACACACACUCAACAAGCAUCACACACACACUCAACAAGCAUCACACAAUGAGGUACUGGAGAGAGGCGGUAUGCACCCAUGUCUGGACCAGAGCACCAGACGCUGCAGAAGUGUGUGUUUUAAUUGUAUGUUUUGACAUUUUUGUUUUCCUUUCUUUUUGCCUUUUUUUAUUUUUUUUAUGUUUUGUAAACAAUUUCUAAAUAAUAAACAGACAAGCAAACAAAACGAAAAACAACCCAGAAUAUUCUUUGCACUGUUUUCCACAGCAACUCCAAUCUAUUUUUCUUAUGAAUUGAUGGCUGUAUUUUUGUUUUUAGUAUUGCUGAUCCACGAAACUGUAAGACAUCAUGAAAACCUGUGGUGAGACAAAAAAAAAAAUAAGAAAAAAAAAUACUGGAUAUUAAUGUAUAAGUAUUACUGUUAGAUCAUUCUUAUUGUGAUGGUUAUAACUUAUGUACGUCUGUGUUUGAUAGGUCAUCGAACGUGUCGGGCAUCGCAAAGAAGGGUAAAGAAGGGCGGGGGGCGAGGGGGAGGUCGGCGGCGCGUGGUGACCCCUACGCGUCUCGUCGGACCCGUGUCCAAAGUUGCACACGUGGUAUGGGUUAUUCUCACGUUAACACGAGAACGAUAUGCGUCGCAUGUGACGUCAUUACGUCGCACAUCACAUGUGCCGUGACGGCAACCCAUCCGCCAUGUUGGAGGACAAACGGCUCCGAGCCAUACGCGUGAUUUUUUUUUUUUCCGUAACCGUUUUUCGGGAACUCUGCCUCUGAUUGGCUAGUGCUCGUUGCGAGAGAGCGUUCGCUCGGAUUCCGGGAAGACCCGCCCCUACUCUAUCUCUGAUUGGCUAACCUUAACCAACCUAAUCGACGGAGGCAACGAGUGCUAGCCAAUCAGGAAGCUGCGUCGCUCUCCGCCGCAUCAAUUUCUGCGCCGUUUCCGUGGUUGGGAGUCCGGGCCUGUGCGCCGCUGGGCCAGAACUUUGUAAAGUGGUUUCGCAAGCCGUUUUUCAAAGAGCGGAUCACGACUGCGACGCUUUAUUUCCGCACGUCCGUCCUAUUUUUCCGCUUAAAACGUCGUUCUGGUAAAACGCGGAUCGACGCAGGAGAACUUCCGCGCAGACAGCGGCCGCUAAGGUCCGGGCGGCCCUCCAAACAUGGCGGAGCCGGUCGUUGGCGAUGGUGAAAUCACGUGAUUGAGAAUAACCCCGCCCCCUCCCCCCCGCUUCCCAAAUUCUCAUCCGGCGCGUGGUUUUGGCUUGUCGUCGUUGCAGAACCGUGUUCGCUUUGUGUUGAAACCGCUUAUCGGGGAGGGGCGCGAGGCUCCCCCUCUUUACUGAACACACACGUUUAAAAAAAUUGAAAAAUUAAAAAAAAACGAAAAAAAAAAACUUGUCAAAUUUGCUACUCGAAAAUUUUCAAAACGAUUUUGACACAUUGUAAAAUAUGAAAAGACUUUUUGUAUUAAGUUUCCCAGGAAUGUUUUUAAUUGCAAUUUAAGAAAGCUACAGACCAAGGAGCUCAUGUAAGGAUCUUUAGAUAUUGAUUACACGAUGCUAUUGUUUUUUAUGAUGACUUCUGUUUUUGGUUCCCCACCCCCCCCAACCCCCCAACCCCUUCCAUGUUGACGUGUCUGUGCUUGUAUAUUUUAGGUGGUAGUUUAUGUAAAUGCUAAUCUAUGUAUUCCUCCGUAGAACCAUGAAAUCUAAUGUAAAGAGAUGUAAAGCCUCUUUUUAAGUUUUUUUUUUAUAAACAUGAAUUUAAGGGUACAAUCACUGAGAAGAGAAUUGUGGCUUCAUUCCAGCAAACUAUUUAUUUUUUUAUAUGCUGUCAUCCAGUCUGUGCCCCAGCUCACAUGUACGAUAGCCAUGAUGUUGAUUUCUGCUCGGCGGGCUGCACGGUCAGGUUGUGGUUAUUUGUUAUGGAGGAGCAGUUUAAAGUGUUUUUGACACGUGGUGCCAGAUAUUCUAGCUGAUACCUCAGACGCCCCCCCCCCCCGGCAUCUUUUCGCAUUGUGGAAAUGACCUGUUUUCUACCAAUUUAUUGCUCACUGCCCCCUGGCUUCCAGUGAAUCUGGGGGGAAAAAUGUCCCUUUACAUUUAGAAAGCCUGCAAAUGACCACAUUUGGAAAACAACAAUAGCCUGCUCACUUCUGACAUUUCCUUUUCUCUCAAAAUCAAACCUUUACAGUAUUGCAUCCUCCAAGGAAGACUCUUGGUUUUAUUUUUCCUCCGCUGCUGAAAUUCAGCACUACUGGAGCAACUUUUCAUGACAGGAAAACAUCCGCCUGGUGAUGUUAAAUAUAGUGGUUUUUGUGUUUAUAUGGCAUUUUAUGCACAUCUCCAGAUCCACUGUUGGCUUAUAACUGAUGAACAGGUAUAAAACAACAAGUGAAUACUUUAAUAAUGGCAAAUUAUGCUGACCGUCAGUUGUCGGAAGUAUUGUGUCCUGCCUGGAGGAAAGAUGGUGCUCGUGCACUUGAACUCUUCACUUGUGUUUUUCCUCAGCACUUCAUUAUAAGUGCUGCACAAUUGAAAACCAUCAAAUUAAAAGUUGUAAAAAAUGGUGUUGAACAUAGAGCCAGGGCUUGGCUUUCUGUGAACGGUAACUCUCAGACCUCACCACUAGGGUCUCCUAGAGCACCAAGAGAGACCGUGCAGCCCGCCACAAAGUCCUCCAAACAUCUUCAUUUCUAGCAGAUGCCAACCCACGCCGUAGACCUUUUUAAACCACUGACUUGAGCACUCCCAGUCCACCUUUCUGGUCUAGCAGUUCAGCAGGCUGGUGCAGAAUGGAGGCAACUUUAACUACACCCUAUCUUCCAAACAGAACAAGUUGGAGGCUGUUUGGAAAAUGGGGUUUACCUCUUGAGACAGAAGACAUGGCAACGCACCCAUAGCUGGGUCCUGUAGCACCUUGCCCUAGGGGUGAUUUAAUAAAUAUAUAUUUUGCCUAGGUUUCUGUCACCGAUAAUUCAUGUAUGGUAUCAAUAAAGAUGAAUUUU